AUGUCCUCGAAAUCUAAUAAAAGAGAGUCUCUUUUGACUCAGUUUGAAAAUAUGCACAAACAAUUAAACGAAGAAUCUGAAGGUAAAUCAGAACCUCAACCAAAUGCUGGUGAUGUAACGCAAGGUGCAGAUAUUAAGAAGCCCAGCCUAUUCUCGAAUGUACUCAACAAGAGGGAUAAGAAUAAUUCUAUGCCCAUAUUCGCGGGGAGUGCGACCCAUAAUGGUGUCUUUACGGCCAACAAUGGGAAAGAUAUGAAUUUUGUCAUGGGUCUUAGUGAGAAUCUUCUUGUAGAAUGUAGAAGAUUGCAAGCUGAGAAUGAGGAGAAAAAUGGUACGAUAAAUCAAUUGCAAGAUGAAUACCAAAACUUGGAGGACAAACAUGAGAAAUUAGAUUCUUCCCACCAGGUAACCAGUAAGGAAUUGACAGCUCUUAAAGAUACGAAUUGGGAAUUAGAAGUAAAACUGCAACAAUUCUCAGUAGAAUUCAAAGAGUUGAAAGAUAAGCUGAAUAGGAAUAAAAAAGAAUUGAAAGUUGAACAAGAAAAUUCAAAGACCACCAUGGCUGAAUUAGAGGUUUCUAGAUUACAGAGGACAGGAUUAGAGAAAGAAUUAGCAGAAAGGGAGAAGGAAUACUCUGCCGAAUUGACUGAAUUGAGAAAGAACGUCUCUGAAUUAAACGAUGAAAACGAUUCGUUGUAUGGUAGGAUAAAAACUUUGGAUAAAAAAAUACUUCAGAAUGAGUCUUUGCGAACCCAAUUGAGUGAAUCAGCCCAAUUAGUCGAUAAUUUAAAGAGACAAUUGGGUGAAUUGGAGACCAAACUGGAGAAUUCAAGUGACAAUGGUAUUUUGAAGGCCCAAUUGUCCAAAUCUGAGAGCACUGUCAACAAGCUCAAAUUACAAUUGACCGAUUUAAAGACUAAAAACAAGAAUCAUGAUGACUUACAGCUGGAACUUUUGCAUUCCCGCGGCCUUAUUAGCAAACUAAAGCAACAAGUUGCAACAUUUGAAGCAACGACCAAUAGUAAUGUCGAUGAGAAUAAAGCACUAAAAUCUAAUAUGGAACUAAUCAACCAAGAGGCUGAAAACUUAAGAUUACAGGUCUCUGAAUUACAGAAACAGUUGCAUGAGCGUGAUAACGAUAAGAAUAAUUCUUUACAGUCAGAGCUGUCACAAUCGAAGCAGUUAGUCGAGGAGCUUAGACAACAGUUGGCCACCUUUGAAACCAAGAAGGGUACAAGCAAUAGAAAUACGAGAAUGAAGGUCAGGAAAAGAUCUAAAGGUCGCUCCGUGGAUGUCAAGGAACUGUCGGAUCAGGAAAGCGAUGUUUCCGAAACGAUGGAUAAACUUGCCGCUCUAGAGAAUUUAGAGGAUGAACUAGCCGCUGACGAAGAGUCCAACAUACCAAUAGAAAAGGUUGAGAAGUAUGCUAAAUUGCAUAAAAUGAGACUAAUUUCUGAAUCUGAGUACUCUAAGGCUCAACUACACAAAAGAACUGAUUCGAAUGAACAACUUGUCAAUACAGUGGGGGACACAAAUCUUUUAGCUCUGCCGAAUGACAAUUCAUCUCAAAAGAAAUACAUUGAAGGGGCAACAAGCAUUGAUGCCAUGAUUGAAAGAGUCGAGUCAUCGGGCUAUAAGGUGUUGUCAUUCCCAGAAUUCAAUGAAAAACAAGAAAAAUUACAUGAAUUGGAAAAUCCAUCAGAAAAAUACCUCAAGUCCAAGGCCAGUCACUUGGGUAAAAUCCUUGUCUCUCAAGACUCUUACAAUAAGGCAGUAAAUCCACCCGCAUCCCAAUUAAAGGAGACCCUUGAGAAAGCAGGUUAUACUAUAAUCGGAAAUGAUGAAUACAAGAAAAUGGUAGCCUCCAUAGAAACCCCUGAACUAAAUUACUUAGAUACUAAAUUAGCGGCCAAGGGCAAGAUGGCUGUAACUGCAGAGGAUUUCAAGAACUACACUUCACCUGGUGUUCAGUUCGUUGAAGAUCUUACCAAGAGUAUAGGCUAUGUUGCUAUAGCCCAAGAAAAGUACAAUGAAAUGCAGAGAAAGAUUACAGAACCAUCAAUCGAAACGAUUUUGAGCACUUUGGAUAAACAAGAUUUUCAAGCUAUUCUGUCUCAAUUCGGGAAGAAACACCAUUUGGUACUACUUAAUAAAAAGGACCAUGAUCAUCUGGUUUCUGCAUUCGCAAAUCCUUCGAAGCAAUACUUAAUAGAAAAAUGCCCCAGUCAACAGAUUCAACCUGUUCCAAUUGAUGAGUACCACAGGAUGUUACAAACUUUACAAAACCCUACCUUGGAAUUUAUGAAUGAUAAAGCUACUUCUAUGAAUAAGAAACUAAUACCCCUAAAGACCUUUGAGAAAUUGCGUAGAACAUCCGAAAAUCCUUCAGUGGACUUUUUAAGACAGCAUGCAAAGAAGAAUCACUUCAUUAUGCUUUCAGAGGAUGAUCACCAUACCAUGCAGAGGACUUUAAAUGAGCCUAAUAUCGAAUAUUUACAGGCCAAGGCUAAAAAUCAUAAAUUAGUAGAUUUGGAGACGCACGAUAAACUAACUCGAACAUUUAAUACACCUUCCUUGGAGUUCUUAACUGAAAAGGCAUCAGGGAAGGGAUAUGAUGUGGUAAACACUAAGGAACAUAAAGAGUUGCUCAGAAAAGUAAUGCGCCCAACAGAGGAUGAGAUUUCUCAAUCUGCUAGAAACCUAGGGGCCGUUGUCGUACAAGUGGAAGAAUACGAGGGCCUAAAAGAAAUUACCAGUGCACCAUCGAAGGACUUUAUUCUAGAGAAGGCAAACAAAUUGAAUAUGGUUGUGCUGGAAAACGGCGAAUAUGAAAAGUUGAAGAAAGCUUCCACUGAUAAAGAAUCGUUAUUCUCCUCUGUAAAGGGUCUUGGUUUCUUCCCAGUUCCAAUUCCAGAGUUAAAUACUCUGAGAGGCUCAACACUAGAGAAAUCCAACGUGAGUGAUAUUGAGAAGAGACUGAAAACCCUAGGUUACGUGGCUGUCUCCAUAAAACAGUACAAUGAAUUAAACAAAUCACCUGUGGACAGGGCUACAAAGGAAGAUACACUAGCUCUUUGCUCCAAAUAUUCUUUUAAACCUAUUUCCAUCGAGGAAUACCAGAAAUUGAAAAAUGAUUCUAAACCAACCGUUUAUUCUGAGGACGAAUUGAUCGAAAUGCUGAAAUCUCACGGGUACGCGGUAAUGCCUGUGAACGAGCAUGAAGCUAUGACAGGGAUGAUAAAAUCCCCGACCGCAGAAUUCCUCGAGGAGAGUGCCGCCCAACAUGGGAAAGUUCUCAUAAAUCGCGAUUUGCACGAGCAACACAUUAACAUACUCGAUAGCCCUACAAUUGAGUUUCUCUCCGAAAAGGCAUCAACUCUAGGAUACAAGGUGAUUGCAGAAAAGGAAUAUGAGAGCCUACGAGCACAAAUAGAUUCACCAUCGACGGAUAGCUUGAAGAAGAUGGCUGGGCUUUAUAACCUGACCUUAAUCCCCCAUGCGAAAUACAAUAAGCUGAUGAAUGAUGUUAACAAUCCAAGUCUUUCCACCUUACAAACCAAGGCAACUGCUAUGAGAAAACGUGUUGUUGAUAAUGCAGAGUACGGCGAGUUACAAAGAAAAACAUCUUCUCCUACAAAGGAGGAAUUGCAAACUCUUGCUGUAACUUUGAACAUGGUGCUUGUUGUAAAAGAUGAAUACGAUAAUCUUUUGAAACAAAUCAACCAUCCUUCGUUGGAAUUCUUAGAGAGGAAACUCGCUCAAUUCCAAUACGUUGCAAUCCCUGCUAGUGACCACCAUGCUCUGAAAAAGAGUGUCGAAGAUCCCUCCGAGCACUUUUUGUCAGAGAAGGCUGCAUCUCGUGGCAUGUUGCUAUUGAGCAAAACUGACCAUGAGGGACACAUGGAUGCUCUAGAGAAUCCUAGUCUAGAAUAUUUGGGAGAGAGCGCUAAAAAGUAUUCAAAGGUAUUAGUAUCAAGUUCUGAGAUCAAAACUCCUGAUCAGGCGGCAUUGAUAGAAGAAAUCGCCAAAGGAGAUCUAGUAACAAUUGCAAGAAAGGAAUUGGAUAACUUGAAAAACAGUGCCGAAAACCCUUCAACCGACGUUAUGAUACCUAAAUUGGAAGAUUCGAACUAUGUCGUUCUAGAUGAAGGAAAAUUCGAUGAAAUGAAGAGACAAAUUGAAUCUCCACACUUAGACAGAGUAGCUAAACAUGCAAAGGAGCAUGGUCAUGUUUUAGUGCGCUCUAAGGACCUGGCUGAGCAGAGUAGUCAUGAUGUAGAAGACUUAGGUCCUCUGACAAAGGAAGGCUCAUUUUUAUUACUCAACGCUGAAGAAUAUGAUGCGUUGUUGAAUUCGAAUAUUGAUACGCUCGGCCAGAGAGAUCUGCUCCGUAUGUGUGACAAACUGGGUUUGAUUCCCGUGCCAAGAGCUAAGUAUGAGGAACUUAAUAGCACCCCCGAUGUCACUAGACUUCAAGAAUACGCCACCGAACUCGGAAUGGUAGUUAUCUCACAAGAUGACUUUGAUGAAAUGAUUUCAGAGCUUGAGAAACCAUUGGAACAGUCUGUCCACUCAUUUGCGGAAGAAAAUAAUUUGUUGUUGAUUGAAAAGGACAGCUAUGAGAACUUGUUGUUUAGGCUCAAUAAUCCCACAAAAGAUGAAUUAGAAAAGCAUUCCGAAAGGCUCGGACUUGUUCUCGUUCCAAGCAAACAGUAUGAGACCCUUGUUGAACAAUUCAAAUACAAAUCUAGUUCUUCUCUUCCUCUGCAAGAAGGUCUUACUGAGGCAAAGGAAAAUACAAAUUCUGGAGCACUUCACGGUUCAAGUGCUAGCUCUGGAAUGUUGAGAUCAUCAAACGAAGAACAUGGGAAAUCUUCAGACAAUAUUUCGACUCCUGCUUUCAGCAAAACCGACGUUUAUCGUGCCGCCGAAUCCUUGGACCUGACCGUUUUAGCAGCUGAUGAGUAUGAAUCCUUAUUGUCCAGAAACUCAACAGCCGAAGCAGUGACCCUCAAAGAUAUACAAGAAUUCGCCGCACGUCAUAAUAUGAAAUUACUUCCAUCAACAGAACAAGGCUAUGGUAAUUCUACCUCACAACUGAGAAUGGCCAUUGACAGUACCAGUACUGAUAGCAUAGAAUUCAAACAUAAUUCUACUUCUACUAUUGGCUCUGACUUCACUAAUUACUUUGACACUAUGGAAGGCCGUCCUGCUGAGAUAACUGAAGCUCAGAAGGUCGAGAAAUCCAAGGAAGUUUAUAGCGGUAAUAACCGAUUUGUUGGUCAAAGUCCGGAACAAAUAAAGAGCAUGAGUUUAGCUUCUCAGGAAUCUACAUUAAAGACGUCAGGAACACCUUCGACAAGCAGAGCGGAACCAUUAAGUAUUGAGACCUUAAAGGAAAAAGCAGCUGAGGUGGGCUAUGUGCUAGUACCCGCUUCAGAAUAUGAACUAACGUCGAAGAAAAACGAAAGUACUGAAGUUGAGGAUACUGAAGACUGGUAUGAUGCUGCUAACUUCGAAAGUGGGUCAAACAAUGAGGCCGCCAUCUUGGCAAAGAAGGCCAAACAACUGGGUUUCGUAUUGGCUCCCAGCUCUGAAUCUCAAGAGGAUCUGAACAAUAGGGGAAAGACGGUGAGCCCAGAAGUAGUAUCUGGCCAAGCUGCACGUCUUGGUUUAGUAGUCCUCGAACGAGAGACUUUCCAGGCACUCGAUUUGAAAGCUAAGGACAGUAAAGAACGCUUAGAGCAAUUGGCAGAAAAAUUUGGUUGUCAUGUGUUACAAAAUGAGGAAUAUUCUCUAUUAGACAAACGAUUAAAAGAGGCUGAAUUGAACAUCGAUAAUAUCCAAGCAAAAGCGGGAGAAUUGGGUUAUCACGUUUUGAACGAAGAACAAUAUGAAGAGUUAAAGGACGCUGCAACUGCUGGAAGGAAAGAACUGACUCCAGAGGAAUUCAAAAAUAAAGCCACAGAGUUCGAUUUAGUACCCUUGUCUGCCGCUGCUUACGGAGAGUUAAUGUCAAAAAGUGCCGCCGAACCACGCGAAUUAAACGAAGAGGACAUCAAGAAAAGAGCAUCCGCUUUGGGGUUAACGACCAUGCCAAAUGAUGCUUACAAGAAUUUGUUGUCUAAGCAAAUCCCACAAGAGGCAACCAAGGAAUAUUUGGAAGAAAGAGCUUCUAAGCUGGGCAUGACAGUUUUGUCUAAUCGUGCUUAUGAAGAAUUGUCAACUCGUCGUAAGCGUCCUGCGAUCACUAAGGAUAUGAUAAUGUCUAGAGCUCGCGACUACGGUCUCACCGUCUUACCAAAUUCAACUUAUAAGGAAUUAACUUCAGCUAACUCGUUUGAAAAUUCUAAGGAAUCGAUAACUGCCGACGCACAGAGAUUGGGACUGAAAGUAAUGGGUAAAGAGGAAUAUGAUACUUUAUUGAGUCACACCAAACGUCAACGUAUUACAAUGAAAGAUGUGGUCGAAAAAUCCGGGGAGUUUGGAAUGGCACUAGUACCAAAAGAACAAAUGAAUAAAAAAUCGGAAUUGACCAAAGAUGACAUUGUACAUGCAUCUGGAAAAUUCGGAUUGGUGACGUUGGGUAAGAAGGAAUUUGCCAGGCUGCAACGUUUGAGUAAACCAGAGUCUUUGAAAGAACGUGCACAGGCCGCUAACAUGAUUUGUUUACCCAAGAGUGCUAUAAUUGCCUCUCCUGACAGGACAAAUGUCGAUGACCUGGUUGUCAUACCAACGGCUUACUACAAGAAAUUGUUAUCUAGAGAAGCCUCUAUGAUCUCAGCACGUAAACAGCAAGUGGAAAUGAGUAAACCAAGUGCAAGACCCCCUCAGAGAAUAGCAAGACAAGAAAGUAUCAGAUCAACCCAGAGUGGGAGACCUGUACAAAAGGUUAGAGAACAGAGAUCUAUCAAUUCUUUGAUGGGUAGUACCAGGAGUGCCACAGGAGUUGGAUCUGGAGUCGGUCCGGGGCCCGUCGUUGCUUCUAACGCAUCCAACAGUAGCUCUCGUGAAGUACCAAUACCUAGAGCAAGUUCUAUGGGCGCGCUUUCUCUAAACACCUUAGAAUCGUUGAACGAACCUAGUAUCAUUCCAGCAUUGACACAGACUGUGAUUGGUGAAUACUUGUACAAAUACUAUCAAGUUUUUGGAGUUGGUGGUGAAUCACGUCAUGAAAGAUACUUUUGGGUACAUCCCUACAGUAUGACACUAUACUGGUCGCCCACUAAUCCGGUCGUGGAAAAUCCAACUAACCAUAGUACUAAAUGUGCUCCUAUUGUCAAAGUGGACAGUGUCAUUGACAAAAACCCAACUCAAGGACUUUAUCACAAGUGUCUUGUGAUUACGACAGAUACAAGAGUGAUCAAAAUUGCAUGUCCUUCAAGACAGAGACAUAACGUUUGGUACAACUCAUUGAGGUACCUACUACAAAGAUCGAUGGAAGGAAUAAAUUUGGAAGAUAUCGCAGAAAAUCCAAGUGAUACCAUGUAUUCGGGCAAGAUUUUUGCUUUGUCCAAACAGCCAUCCAAAAAACUGCCGAUGUCCACGUCUUCCUCCUUCCUCAGAGGGAAACACUAA